GGCGGGGAUGUGGUCUGCUGGAAAAUGUUUAAAAAAACAAAUCUGCCUCAGAGCCCCAGUCCUGUGUCGGUGAGCCAAUUCUGGCAAGGUGAAGGCUGGGCGGGGUGCGGGCGACGCGGCUGGCGCCUGGCCGCCCACCCACCCGCAAGGCCACGGCGGUCCCCGCCGGUCCCCGCCGGGCGGGGCAAGAAGUAGGUGUGGCCGAUGUGCUGAGGGGUCUCGGGAGGAUCCGGCGGUCACGCGGCGCUGGGCGGCGCGGGCCGCCAGGGAGUGCGCCCCGGCGGUGCGGGACCGGGAACAUCGUGCUCCGCUCCCACAGCGCGCGAUGCCGGGACCUGUGCGUGUGGGCACUCUUCACGUGGCGGGGAACUGUCUCAAAGUCACACACUCGCAGGGACUUGCGGCGUGGCUGCCAGUCGCGGGUCCGAGGGGGCGAACGCGAGCCCCAUCGCCGGCAGACAGGUUCAACUGGCUCCGCUGGCUCCUGAGUCGCCACUCGCUGAGCUUGGGACCCCUAGGCUCUGGCAGGUGUAGAACGGGGUCGUCUCCCCACCGACCUGCCGCCUCGGGGAACUUGAGCACAUCUCCAGUCUUGGGUCCCAAAGGCCUGUGCCCCUCUUUCUUCUGGCUGACACCCCCUCUCCCUUGGUGCACGCACGUGGCUGAAAGAAGUCGGCCGUCGGCUGAUUAACGACACUGGCAGGCAAGAACCAGGCGCUGCCUUGAAAUCUAGCUCUGGCGGUGUCGGAGUGAAGUCUGAGGACGAGGCAGCCAGGUGUGGCAGAGAGGACCUGGGCUCAAAAAGACAUGGCAGGCAUCACCAAGGUCCAGUUCUGAAGGCUGAGGAGACAAACCCUUCACCCUGUUGGACUGCUCAGGGAGAUGUGAGAUUGGGCCAGAGGUGGGGACUGUGCUCCUGAGACCCAGAAUCCCUGUCCAGCGGUUGGCCAGUCUCUGGGUAGAACUGGAAGACUGAGGCCACAGUGGGCUUGCAGCGUCUGCAGAUGUCAGGGUACAUGUGGAGUAGCUCUGAUUCUCCUUAAGACUCCCUACUUACCCUUACUCUGUUCAAAUAUUGGGCUCCCACUGCCCAAGCACGGCCAGGGGAUGGCUCUCCUCUUUAACUUUGAUUCAUGGCUUAAUAUUUUAAAAUCCAAUUUCAAGAUCCAGAACUAAGGGAAGCAGUGAGAACCUGGCAGGCUAGGGGCCAGCCUGAGUCCUUCCUGGAGCCCAGGGUUCAGGUGCCUGAUGGGACCUCUGUGCAGGAGUAUGCUGACACUGCACCCACCUCACCUCAGUCAAGGGAAGGAAAAGCCAGUGCUUGGCGUGGUCUUGGAGGAGGAGAAGGAGAGGGGCGCGGAGGUCCUCACAUCACUCAACUCAUGUCCCAGCCCUGCCAUGACUUGCUCCAUGAUGUACACACACCAAACUCCCCUGACAGUUCCCACAGCUGGUGUGGAGACUUUCCCAAGCAGCUGCCCAAGAGGGCCCCCUGGGAUGAGGACAGAAGUUAAGAGGAGUCUUAUUGAUUUUCAUCUCAUCCUUCACAAAUUCUAUAUCUGUCUUAAGGUGUAGGAAUGUAUUUGUACAGUGGUGUGUAAUUUAUAAGUUUAUAAUUUUUAUCUAAAUUAUAUAAGGUAGUUAUAUAAGUUAGAAUUUAUAAUUUAUAUCUUACAUUCUGCCUUUUUCUGAGGAGGGUGUGCAAUCAGAAAAGUUUGAAGAAGGUUAUCUGGAAGGUGGAGCUGAGCCAGACCUUCCCUCUCUGCUCUGCCUGGUCUUUCUGGCUUCAUUUGAAUAUUCUUCCCCUCUUCUCCUCUUCUCCUGGUGCCUCCUCUGUGCCCCACUUCAGCUCCUGCUGCUUUCCUGUGAGGUGUGAGCAGCCGGGGCAGAGUCUUCUGAGGUUCUUCCUUGAGCACCUGUGACUUCAGAUUCCUCAGCUCUUCUCUAAAGCUUUCCCUGGUGCCUGCAAUUCCCAGAGUGCUCCGUAGAUACCUUUCAUCUGCCUAAGUCACUGUGUUGCAGCCAGCUGCUUAACUGGACAGCACAUCUGUCUAGACCAUUAGCCCCUCAAGGGCAAGGCUCAGCAGGAGCCUCAGGACAGGCGGCAGUGGCUUGUGAGAGCUGGCCAGGGCCACUGUGGUCCCUCGCCUGUGGCCUUCUUCUGCAGCCUCCAUCUGGGGGGAUGGGGCAGCUGAACCAUGUGCACCACCCUCUUCCUGCUCAGCACCUUGGCUAUGCUCUGGCGCCGCCGAUUUGCCAACCGGGUCCAACCAGACCCCAGCGGAGUGGAUGGGACGGUUACGGGCAGCAGCAGGGACACAGACCUCCAGUCCUCGGGCAGGGAGAAAGAACAUCUGAAGUAAGCCCUCCCAUCUUCAGGUGGGACUCUGCUCCAGGAACUGGGAUCCUCUGGCCCAGGCAGCUCAAGUCCUGGUUUGGCCCCUAGCCGGGAAGGAUGCUGUGGGGGCAGAAGCCGCAGCAAGCGGGAGAUGGCAGAAACAGAGGUGAAGAAGAGACUGUUUAAUUUCUAUCCAUAAAUGAGGAAACACACAGAGAGGUUUGCCUAACAUUGCCUGGCUAUUAAGCAGGGGACGUGACUCACCUGAAGGCUACAGAACCUAACCCAGUUUGCAGCUGCUUAGCCAAAGAUCCAGGCACAGUCCCUGCAGGCAGCUGCUCCCAACUGUCUCACAGCCGUUAAUCUUCAGAAGCCCCCCGCCCCCCAAGCCCCAUGCAUGUGUCUCCUCCCCAGCCAGCCCCCCACAGCGGGCCCAGAAGCCAGGCCUGGCUGGGCCCUGCCCUUAACUUUCAGGAAGAGGAGGAGGAGCGGCAGCACCCCAGCCUCUGCUCCACAUCUGAGGCCAAGGGAGAAGGGCAAAGAGGCCGCGGCCCAGAGGGCAGCCACUCUGAGGUGCUGGAGGAGGAGGCCACAGCCUGCUGGGGGGCCUGCUGAUACCACAGGGAGCCUGGCUGGGGAGGGUGUGAGGCACAGAGACCAAGGAGGUGGCUUCACCAGAGACAAGCUGGAAACAAGUCUUUGUGCCAAGGACCACAGACCCUCUCUGAGAUACAUGUGCCCCCUAGUGGGGAUUAAGACAAGAGGGUGGAUAAGAAAACAGCACAAAACAAAACAAAAAAGAUUUCCUGAGUCUCUGAGCCCAUGAGCCUGGUAGGAGGUGCCACGCCUACCCCUGUGAGGCACACAAGGUAUCAUAUCCUGAGGCAGGAACGCUGAACUAAGCAUUAAACGAAAUGUAUCCAUUUACAAGCUUGUUUACAAGCAUGGAUUGUGAGCCUACAUGGCCCAGUGUGUCAGGUAUUGGGAGUGACACAGGAAUGUAAGAGGCAGUCCCUGUCCUGCCACCUAGACGAGGGGAAGAUCCUAGCCUGGGAAGCCUAGCUCUGCCAGUUCAGCCCUCCUUCUCAUGUGACAUGUUGACCCAGGUGGGCUGGUGCUGAAAGGCAGAGGACCGAUGACCACCUCCGGAAGAGAACCAUGUAGUGACAUGAAGGGGAUCGGACAGUUGAUGGGGGCCCACAGAUUUUCUCCAUCGAGAGCAAUAAUAAUGGAUCAUGUGCGGAGGUGCAGACUUGUCCAUGUGACCAACAAGUACGGAGUGCCUGUGUGCCAGGAACUUUGGAUACGAAAACGAAUCAAGACCUCCUGCCGCAAACAGCCUGGAAACUGGCAAAAUAUAAGACACAGACACACGAAAACAGGCAGCACCAAACAGUGAACCCAUGACCACCUCAGCCCCUGCUCAAAGACAGCUCCCUGACUACGGCUCAGGGAGGGGAAACUCAAGUAGGGGAGGAGACCGGAUCAGAGGUCAAGACGUGUGAUAUCCAUGAGGACAUGCACAGAUCAAUGGACCCCCCCAAACAGAAGGACUGCAUAGAUCAAUGGGACCCCAAAACACAAGAAACAACAGUGAUUCAAUGGAGACAGAAAGGUCUUCUCAAUAGGAUAUAGAAAGCACUGCCCAUAAAAGAAAAACCAAUUAACUGGACUUUAUCAAAAUUAAACUUCUGCUUAAUUUAAUUAAACUUAAAGACUGUGAGAAAAUAUUUGCCAAAUAUUUGCAAACAGACUUGUAUCCUGAAUAUAUAAAGAACUUUUACAAUUUGAUAAUAGUAAGAUGGCACAAAUUUUUUAAAUGGCAGAGGGAAGGUUUUAGUAGCCACUAUAUGAAUAAAAUUUGGCCAAUAAACACAUUGAAAGAUGCUCAGCAUCAUAAAUUAUUAAGAGAAUGCAAAUCAAAAACACAGUGGAGGCUGAACACAGGCCAGGAUGUGGAGCAACUGUAAUCCCAUAAUAUCCUGGGGAAUUAGUAUGGUGGUUUCUUAUACAGUAACCCGAGAGGAAUGGAAACUCACAUCCACCAACAAAUUUUACAAAAACUUUCACAGCAGGGUUAUUUAUAGUAGCUAAAGAGUGGAAACAACCCAAAUACCCCCCAACACGGAAUGGAUAAAUUGAGGUAUGUUAAUAGAAUGGAAUAAUACUCAGCAAUAAUGAGGAAAUGAAUGACGGAUAUAAGCAACAACAUGGGUAAAUUGAGAAGCCAGACACAGAAGAGUACUUCUCAUAUGAUUGUAUUUAUGGAAUUCUAGGACAGGCAGAACUAAUUGAUAGUGACAGAAGGCAGAGCAGUGGCUGACUGGGGCCAGAGCUGUAAAAGGGUGGCCGAUACGCUCUGCAUCUUGAUCAGGACUGUGGUUGCAUGGAUGCAUGCUUCCUGUACUCUAACAUACACGUUGAACAGAUGCAUUUCAUUAUAUGUACUUUAUGCCUCGACAAAGAUGACUUAGCUAAACACAAAAUGAAUGAAGAAUUGAUCCUUGUCUUGCCUACGGUCUACUAGAAAUGCCAGACAUGAAAACAAGUAACCAUAAACAGCAGGGUCAGUGCUGGAGGAAGUACAUCCCAAUGGGAACUGCCCUGUGUUCAGUGCCAGCCUUGUGCAGGCCUGUGCUGGUGCUCUGGAUGCACAGCCCUAAGGUUCGGAUGAUCAUCCCCCUCGCGCUACACGUGAGAAAAGAGACUCAGACAGGUGAAGUCAUGUGUCCGAGGUCACUCAGCUAGAAUCAGCGAGCUGGCACUUUCCUCCAGGUUGGCCUGAUUGCAGAACCUGUGCUCAACCACCUGCCAUAAGAAAGGUAUCACAAGGAAGCAGCUUGGGGAUUGCUGCAGCGUCACAGCCAAGACUACGCAGAGGAGGAAUUUAAGGAUGAAUGUACCAAGCAGAGAAGAGGAUUAGGGGAAGGGAAUUGCAAGGCAAAGGGAGCAAAUUUCCCCAGCAGCAAAGGUUAUGCAACAGUUGUGAGAAGGCAGGGGUUUCCGGGAAUGCAGAGACAUCUCCAGAGAACAGCAGAUGAGAUUCAGAGUAUUACAUGCUCUUCCAUUUUAUUUUCACUUUUUAAAAAUCAGUUUUUCAAGUAACAAUUUUAUUAUAGGCAGAGCAGACAAGUGAAAUGAACACUAUUUGUGAGCACAAAGAAAUAAUCCACAAAUCCAAGUUUGUCUAUUCUCAAUAAAUGGGGUACAUGUUGUUAUAUUUCUCUUCCUCCAGAAAGGUAAAGCUACAUUCAGGGAUCCAGUUUUUGCUGAGCAGGAUUUGUGGCAAUAUUUCAUGGUUCUCAGGGAAAAAAAUCCUCCAUGUUUUCAUCAUGGGUUUUCUAAGUGGAUGAAUUGAAAUCACUGCAGUUAGGCAAAAAUAUUCCAUUGUCACACUUUUUUUUUUUUUUUUUAGGAAAAACAGCAUGGUGGUUGUUAGCUUUCCAUUACUAUAACAAAAUACCUGAGAUAGUUAACUUAUAAAGAGAAAAGUGACUGGGGAUUAGAGCAGUGGCAGGACACUGACCUUGCAUUUGCAAGGCCCUGGGUUCACUCCCCAGCAACACGCACACACACAAUUUUAUUUUGGUUCAUGGUUCUGGAAGGUCCAGUCCAAGAUCAGGGGCACCUUUGCUUUGGAAUUCUAGGAUAGGCAAAACAUAUUGAUGAGGCAGUGCAUUAUGGAGGGAGUGCAAGGUGAAGCAACUGUGUGAGCAGGAAGCAAAGAGCAAGGGGGAAGAGGCUGGGGUUCCACAAUUGCUUUCACAAGCAGGCCCCCAAUGACUUAAGGACCUCCCACUAGGUCCUACAUCCUAAGGUCCCACCACCUUCCAACAGAGCCGCCUCAGGACCCAGCCUUAACAUAUGGGCCUUUAGAGGACGUUCAGCAUCCAAGCCAUAGCAGUGGUUGAGACCAUCAGCUUUUGAUUGGAUUGUCUGUAUUCAGAUUGCAAUGCUUUCACUUAAAAAUUCCUUUAACUGUUUUGCACUUUGGCUUCCUCAGCUGCAAAAUGGUGCAGGGGGUCGGUAACGACAGGCUGUACUAGACUCAAAUAAGACAGCAUAUGAAAGGUGCUACUGCAGGCCUGGCAGAGUAAACGCCUCGUGUACGUGAGCUGCUGCUGCUUCAGGAAGUCAGCUUGCACAUGUCACAUCGUUUUCUGUAUUUCGUCAUGAUCCACUCUUCCUGGGAACUAUUAUAUACAUAAAGAAGAUAUGGGAAAUCUCAGUAGCAUUUAGGAUGAUUUUGACUCUAACAGACACCAAACUUAAAAUGACUUAAAUAAGGAGAUUUCUUUUUAAAAUCUCACAUUCAGCACUUCACCAAAACUAAGAUUUAAUUGCUCAGAAGACACAUCCCACAUUCAGAAGUAUUGAAAUGUAAAAAUGUGUCUCUGAAUCAAAACAAGAGGUCUGAAGGUCAGGGCUCAGGGACUGUCUGUUUCAGCAGUUCAAUGGCAUCUUGCCCCUCUGCCUUCACAGGCCUUUGACUCUUGCUUUGAAGAAACCUCAUGCAUGCAAGAUGGCUGCAGCCAUCUACAAACAUCACAUCUUUAUUAUGUCCCAAAGCCAGAAGAGAAACUAUUGUUUUUAAAAGCAGUACUUUCCCAAACUUGGCCAGAAUUGCACUGCAGACAAGAUGGAGGAGGAACAGCUUCCAGAAUGGCCUGUGACAGUGCCUGCAUCCAGGUGCACUUCCUAUGAAAUUGCUGGUGCAACCGCUCCAAGUGUAAGCAGCCAUCUGUUUGGGAUUCCACCUACACUCUGUGUUCUUAUUAAUAAAAUUAAAGAUUCCUUUCCUGAUUAAGAAGUCAACCUCGAUGUGGCAAAGACUGUUUUCUAUUAUUGUGGGUUUCAGAUACCACAUCUUAAAUCCUGUCAUUGUCACACUAGCACAUCAGGCCAGCUGACUAGAUUUUCCCUUUGCACUCAAGAGCCUCAGCAGCACUGGGGACUCCUGCUCUGUUCAGUUUGUGAUCCUCUUCUGUCACUUGUCAUUAAUCUGUCUCUCUUUCCAUGCCAAUAAAUAUAGA